AUGUCCUCUCACGAACCCUCACCCACGCUGCCAACCUCCACCGAGUCUUCUGCUCCGGAGACACGCUCCACACCUUCCCCCACGCCAGCCCCCAGUGCCCCUACGAACGGUGCGGCGCUGUCAAGUCCGGAUAGCUGUCCGUCGCAAGAAGUCGACGUCCAACUCGCGCAGAACACCCCUGGCGCUGACGCCGUGCUCAAUGACGCUAGCUCUGGCGAGGAGGAGAGCGAGGAGCCAGACAGCGAAGAGCCCGACGACAGUGACGACGAGGACUGGAGUGAUGACGACGGCUCCGCUGGUGAGGAAGAUGUGACCGGAGAGAGGGCAGAGAGCGAGGCAGAUGAGGAGGAAGAGGACAUCAGUAUCAAUUUGCUUGACGUUGAUGUCCAGCAGUGCGUGACGUACCUGAUUCGAGACGACGUGUGCGAGCGGCGCUGCUUGCAAGGCAAAGCGGGCGAGUUGGAGUGGUUGACGUGCUCGCUGGGGCAAAUGCCCAAGCCGGAGAAGACGACUUGCAUCCUGACGCCUUUUGGCCCGCUUACCAUUCAGCGCUACAAAAGGCGCGUGCGUGACGGCAACAUUGCUGCCAAGGUGCACGGCAAUCGGCUCAACAAGAAUGCUUCGAAGAUCGAUCUAGUUUGGUUGGUCAAGUGGUUCAAGGAGUUUUCUGCUGAAGUCGGCGAGGUGGUGCCCGUGAGUGUGCGCAUGCAGAAAACCAAGGACGGUAUGGUGAAGAAGUACUACAGUCGUGAAGACUACACGCUGCUACCUGCUACGUUUACCUGGGAGGCUCUGUACGACGAGAUGCACAAGUUUGUGAGUCUCGGUUUGCGUGUUUGUGAGCCUGCACGCUCCACUUUCCGCAAGUUGCUGUCCGUCCACUGCCCCAACAUCAAGAUCCGUUCCGCUCAGUCCAAUGUGUGUGACUUGUGCACCAUUUACCAGUCGAGGAUGCGUCGCAGGGCUUCUGCUGAACAAGUGGAGGAGCUGGGCCAACACACGGAGUCUGCACGUCGAAUGAGACGCGAGUACAAGAAGGACAAAGCUGCCGUCCAGGCAAGCGAUGGAAGCUGCGUGAACGUCUUCGGAAUUUUUUACGAAAACGAGGGAGUGCAGACGAACUACGUCUACGACGAAUUUGUGAGUGGAAAAGGAAGCAACCAGAUCAACUCAAUGCUUCAGCACUUCAUUCGCACCGUGCUGCUCCCUGCCGACAAGAAGCAUCUCAUUGUGUACGCCGACAAUUGCUCAGGCCAGAACAAGAACAAUCAUGUUAUCAAGUUUUUUCUUACUCAAGUUCAGAUGGGUGUCUUUGACCGCAUCGACUACAAGUUCUUCGUGAAGGGCCAUACCAAGAACUCUUGCGAUCGUGGAUUUGGCCACAUUCGCCGCCACGUUGGCCGCGCAGACUGCUGGACGAUGGACCACAUCGUAUCCGCUGUCGAUGAGGCAGCCACUUCGAGCAUCUCAGUGCACAUCUCGCGUGGGAACGAGUUCUUCAAGAGCUACAAGCCGCUCGUGACGGAACUUUACAAGAAGCUAGUGGGGUGCAAUAAGGGACCAGACGACGAGCCCGUGGAGCAGGAUCUACGGCGCAAGGUUGACGGGGUAUUGACAGAGAGCACUAAGGUGGAGCGGAAGCUCAUCCACUUCCUGGAGGACCUGAUCCCUCCGUCGCUAAAUGCGGAGAAGAUGACCGAGCUCUACAGCAAGAUCCGCCCGUACGUCCCUGAUGAGUUUCAGGAUGAUCCUAUCUACGCUGCGCCAAGCCAAGACCAGCAGGACGACGCUAAAUCAGCAAAACAAGCUCACAGAGAGCAUCGGGCAGCAAUGACAAAGGCCGCGAAGGAGAACAGCGACCGCCGAGGAAGAAACAAAGGCAACACGAGUGCAGCGACGAAAAAGAGAAAGACAAACAGCGAGUAA